CUCAGGACAGUACCACCCGUCAGCAUAACCUUACCAAUACCUGAUUGGACUCACCUUCACUGCUUGGUGAUCAUUCUUUUGUCAUUCUUCGCCUCAAUUCAACUUCAAUUCCUGUGCCGAUUCUUUCCAAAGUUGUUACAGAGUACUAGGACAUUUCCAAGAUGGUUUUCCCCCCACCUCCUGUCAAUACUAUUGACUGGAGUGACAUAGGAUUCAAAGUUAGAGAAGGUGAGUCAAUUCCGUGAACAAGAACUUGGGAAUACUCCUUCGAGAGCUUCUAAAUCUCCUAUUGUCACCGAUCAAUUGUUCUGGGGAAUUGGAAUUGGAUUUAGUGGUCCAUUUCCUGUGGGCUUUUCAGUCAAUUGGGCAUCCAAGAAGAUAUUCCUCGAUCCAGUUAUCUACACUCUUUAGAAACAACAAACCACCUAUAAUCACCAAUUGCCAUCACCCAUACUCAUACUCAUACUCACACUGCCCGAAACUCAGCUAACCUCUCCUUCACAGUAAACGGCCACAUCGAAUCCCACUACAGCGUCAAAACCGAAAAAUGGACCCCUCCAAAGUUCGUCACCGACCCUUUCCUUCGAAUCCACGGCAUGGCUCCAGGUCUCAACUACGGCCAACAAGCCUACGAGGGUCUCAAAGCAUUUCGAACCCCAGAUAACAAAAUAACCAUCUUCCGUCCUCAGAAAAACGCCGUCCGCCUCCAACACUCUGCAUCUUUCAUCUCUGUCCCACCUGUGCCAGAAAAGACAUUCAUGGAAUGUGUCCACGCUGCCGUAGCACUAAACGCCGCCUAUGUACCACCUCACGAAACCGGUGCAGCUAUGUACAUCCGACCACUCGUAUUCGGUUCAUGUGCACAGUUGGGACUGAGUCCGCCGGAGGAAUACAUGUUUUGUGUUUAUGUUCUGCCGGUGGGGGUUUAUCAUGGUGUUCAUCCUGUUAAGGCAUUAAUUCUGGAGGAGUUUGAUCGCUCGGCUCCUGAUGGAACAGGGAGUGCGAAGGUGGGUGGGAAUUAUGCGCCGGUUCUGAGGUGGAGUGAUAAAGCUAGGAAUGAGGGGUAUGGAAUCACUUUACACUUGGAUAGUAAGACGAGAAGCGAGAUUGAUGAGUUCUCAACAAGUGGCUUUAUUGGGGUUAAGAAGGAGGGCGAGAGCGUGACUUUAGUGGUUCCGGAUAGCAAGUGUGUUAUCAAGAGUGUUACUAGUGACUCCUGUCUUCGAAUUGCAGAAAGCAAAGGCUGGAAAGUCGAGGAGAGAUCUGUGAGUUCCCCCCUUUCCUUCCCAUUUCCCAUAUUAUAAAUGCCCUUGAACUUGACUAACACCCACAGAUCAUAUACGAAGAACUCCCUACCUUCACAGAAGUUUUCGCCGCCGGCACCGCCGCAGCACUCGUCCCCAUCAAAUCCAUCACCCGCACCUCACGUAACGAAACCACCCAAUACAUCAAAGAAGACUCCGAGGAUCCCGGGCCAGUUUGCGUGGAAAUCCUUUCCACUCUGAAAGGCAUCCAACAGGGCAAAAUCCAGGAUAGUUUUGGAUGGAAUUAUGGCGUUGAGGAGGUUGAUAUUGGAAAAUAUGAGGACAAAGCUGGGGAGACGAAUGGGGUUAAUGGUGGUGUUGAUGGGUUACCUUAGGAAUGAAUGGGUUAGGGAUGGAGAGGGAAAUGGAUAGGUAGGUAGGUAGAUAAAAUAUAGGGGAGUUUGAAUCUUUGUUUACUUUUUUGUGUUCUUGGUUUUGGGUGAGUGUGUUUUGAGGGGGUGGGUUGAGAUGUGAUUACCUAACCUAAAGUAUUGUGUUCACUACACA